GAUGGUGGAUUUCCCAGGGUACAAUCUGUCUGGUGUAAUCGCCUCCUUCCUCUUCAUCCUGCUGACGAUGAAACAAUCAGAUGACUUUAGAGUCAUUGGUCCUGCUCAUCCUAUCCUGGCCAGGGUUGGGGAAGAUGUCCUGCUAACCUGCCAGCUGCUCCCCAAGAGGACCGCAAUGCACAUGGAGGUGAGGUGGUACCGCUCAGAGCCCAGCACACCUGUGUUCAUGUACAGGGAUGGAGUGGAGGUUACUGAGAUGCAGAUGGAGGAGUACAAAGGCCGGGUAGAGUGGAUAGAGGACGGCAUUGCAGAGGGAAGCGUGGCCCUGAAGAUAUACAACAUCCAGCCCUCCGACAAUGGACAAUACUGGUGUCAUUUCCAGGAUGGGAACUCUUGUGGAGAAACAAAUUUGCUGCUCAAAGUAGCAGGUCUGGGGUCUGCCCCUAACAUUCACAUGGAGGGAUCUGGGGAAAGUGGAGUCCAGCUUGUGUGCACUACAAGGGGCUGGUUCCCAGAGCCCCAGGUGUAUUGGGAAGACAUCCAAGGAGAGAAGCUGCUGGCCAUGUCUGAGCAUCACAUCCAAGAUGAAGAUGGCCUGUUCUAUGUGGAAACCACUCUUGUGGUCAAGAACGCCUCUGCAGAGUCCGUGUCCUGCUUCAUCUAUAACCCCGUCCUCAGUGAGGAGAAGGAGGCAGUUAUCAGCAUCCCAGAGAAACUUCAGGCUGAGCUGGCUUCUUUAAAAGUAAUUGGACCUUCCCAGCCCAUCCUUGUCAGAGUGGGAGAAGAUAUACAGCUAACCUGUUACCUGUCCCCCAAGGCAAAUGCAUGGAGCAUGGAGGUGAGGUGGGUCCGAUCCCACCGUUACCCUGCUGUGCAUGUGUAUAAGGAUGGGGACCAUGUAGCUGGAGAGCAGAUGGCGGAGUACAGAGGGAGGACUGUGCUGGUGAGUGACACCAUCGACGAGGGCAGACUGACCCUGCAGAUACUCAGUGCCAGACCUUCAGACGACGGGCGGUACCGCUGCCUUUUUGAAAAAGAUGAUGUCUACCAGGAGGCCAGUUUGGAUCUGAAGGUGGUAGGUCUGGGUUCUUCCCCACUGAUCACUGUGGAAGGGCGAAAAGAUGGAGAAAUGCAGCUGAUGUGCUCUUCAGAUGGCUGGUUCCCACAGCCCCACGUAGAGUGGAGGGACAUGCAAGGAAAGACGAUACCAUCAUCUUCCGAGGCCCUGACUCAAGGCAGCCAUGGGCUGUUCCACGUGGAGACAUUGCUAUGGGUCACAAACAACUCCACUGUGAACGUCACUUGUUCCAUCAGCAUCCCCUUUUUGGGCGAGGAGAAAAGAGCAACUUUUUCUCUCUCAGAGUCCAGGAUGACUUUUUUAUGGAAGACACUGCUUAUUUUGGGAUUGCUUCUUGCUGUGGCUGUGGGCCUGCUCAGGAGGAGGAGCUGAAAGAGUGAAUGUGACACUGGCUUCAAAUACAGCUCAUCUGAAACUGAUUUCUCCUGAACAAAACAAGAGUGUGAUCCAUGGACAUUCGGGCAGCCAGACAUCCCACAGAGAUCUGACUGUCUGCUCUAUGGGGC